CGCCUGCCUCGGAACCGCGCCACCUUCCUCACCAGCGACGUCACCAUCCGGCGCGCUCCGGACACACCUCCCGGCCGAGGGCCUGCCAAAACCCGGGAUCCCAAACCCCCAUUGGCGGAUCCGCCCCCGCCUGCCCGCGGCGGGACAGAGCCCCGCCGAGCGCCCGGGGCUGCCAUGGGCGAGGAGGCGGCUCAGCCCCGGCGGCCCGGGGUCGGCGUGGGGGUGGUGGUCACCAGCGCCGCGCACCCCGGCUGCGUGCUCCUGGGCAAGCGGAAAGGCGCGCUGGGCGCCGGCACCUACCAGCUCCCCGGAGGCCACCUGGAGUUCGGGGAGAGCCUGGCGGAGUGCGCGGCGCGGGAGACGCUGGAGGAGGCGGCGCUGCCGCUGCGCCACGUGCGGUUCGCGUCGGCCGUGAACGCGGUGUGCGCGUCGCAGCGCUACCACUAUGUCACCGUGCUCAUGAAGGGCGAGGCCGAGCCGGGCGCCGAGCCGCGCAACCAGGAGCCCGACAAGAACGAGGGCUGGGAAUGGGUCAAAUGGGAUGAAUUUCCUCCAGCAGAUCAACUGUUCUGGGCUUUACGCGGUUUAAGAGAGCAAGGUUACAAUCCCUUUACAGAAGAGCUGGAUCAUCUAAAGGGGUACACGGGAAGUCACCAAUUAGAGUAAUAACAAAUUGUAUGUUAUGUAACAAACUAAAGGACAGACCUGCUUUUUUGGUGCAGAAGAAACAAAGAUACGAAGUGCUCACCCUGCCCAUGUGAAAAUAUUAUCUUUCCCAAAGAAGAACAUGCCAGCUGUUUCAGUGUUAUUCCUGUACGUUACACGACAGUUGUCUCAUUCCAGACCCAUUUCUAGGUUUAGUAGUUAACAAUUAACGUUUGCUUUUACAGAAAACUCAGUGUUUUAUCUAGUUAAUCUUAUAUUGAUGAACAGCCAUUUGGAAAUCAGCCCUAGCCAGGGAAGCUUACUCACUUAAAAGCAGCUGCAGCAAAACUUACUCAUUUAAACCAGCUUUCCUGUAAUUAUUGCACCAAUUUUAAAACUUAGCCUUGUCUCUUACUGUCAUGAACAAAAGUUACAUUUAAUAGACGAUGCCUUUUUUCCCUGCAGACAGCAGUAUACCCUUGAAAAUCAAAAGAUUAUUAUAAAUGUGAAAAGAUUGUCAUAACUUAUUGCAGGAAAUGAAAAUUCCCUGACCCUUCUUGCCAAUUGCUUUCAUAACACAGUUCUGUUUAGAGCCUCAGUUACACAAUUUAUCUGCAGAAAUGUCUCAGAUCUCUGCAACUGAUCUGAAUUUGUUACUGAACUCUUGGAAUGGAGAGGUGCCUACUCUACUAGGCUGACACAAAUCUCAUUUAUAAGUGUAGCUCCAUGGCAAAAUUCAUACUUUGUGGCUAAAAAGAGUUGUCAUUAUUAAACAGCACAGAUGGGUGUAGUUCUGUAUGGCUCUCUAUUGGUAAAAUUGAUUAGGUAAAAUUGUGAAUUUUCAGUUUGACUGAUUAAAUUUCUUAGUCAUUAGUGAAUGAAAUUACAGUACCCAACAGUACAUGCAAAACCAAGGAGUUAAUAUUUUUAAUUUUUCUAGAAUCUGUAACUAAUUUUGAUUCUUUUCUCCAGCUGUUGUCACUAAGAAAUCAGCGAUUAAUUUUAAGAUAUAACUUUUAAAUAAAUCACUAGUUGACUCAUUUUUUUUCUUGUCAGGGUUCUUUUAUAGCACAUCUCUUGUCUAUUUCCUUUAGAUAUACUCAUUGUACAAAAAUGUUUUAAGAUAUAUUUAAUUUCUUUUGAAUAAAAUACACACACAAUACUGAGAGAUUAAAAUUGCCUGAAAUUAUGAAUUGACUUCUCAGUUCUUAAAAGAAAUCAGCUUGAGGGAUUUAAGGCUCUUCCUUACUUGGAACAUACAUUUUUUUAAAUGGAGAUGGCUCUUCUUGCUGAGAAACAAGACAGAGUGAUGAGGCAUAAGGAUGCUACUGCCCCUGGCAAUCCUCCUGCUUAGAGUUUGAAGUAUUAAUUAUGUGCAACUUCCCUUAGGACAGACACCCGUUCUCUGAGGUGAAGAAAGAAGUAACGUUACACAGCAGUCUUGAAACUGGGAAUUUCACCAAAAAUUCCUUUGCUACUGUAACUUUGUAAAAAGCUUAUUUUUCUUUUCAAAAGUUAAGAUUUGCUUCCUGCAAGCAACCUUAUGUACACUGAAAAUUAUUCCCUUCAGCUGUCAACAAAGAAGCUGUAGGAAGAGUUGACAGAUGUCCUGCCCAUCUGUCACAAAGAAUAAUGAAGAAAAAAAAAUUAAAUUAUUUAGUACCAUUUUAAAUUUUAGAAAGCAUCUUAGUCCUGAUGAGAGAACAGGGACCACUGUAAAAUGGCCUGUCAUGCAAUAAAUACUUUCUUGGCA